AUGUAACCAUAUUAGAGGUUUCCAUCUUAGUUUUGUUUUGGUGUUGGAUUAGAGUCAGUUUCAUUUGAUAUCAAUCUUUCUUAGGUAACUUUUCUCAUGGAAUGUAAGGUAUUUUCGGAAACACCCAUUUCUGCCUUAAGGGGUCCAAGUAAAACAUUAAUUUCCAGGCUGCUGAAUGCCACAAAAGUUAUACCUUCACCCUCAGGCCUGCCAAGAGACUGGAGGGGCUUAGCUGAUAUCGCUGAAUAUAAUCAUUCCUUGCUUGGUGGGUGCCUAGAUCCGACUGCCUCAGUCCUGGCAUUCUGGCAAAAAUCUCAACCAACCAUCGCUCAGCUUAUUGAUGCUCUUAAGGAAAUUGACAGAUGGGAUGUAAUCGAUGACUUGUUGCAACUUCUAGAAUCUGAUGCUGAGAGUUAUGCUGAAAGUCUACAAGUAAGCACACAGCCCUGUAUUGAAGAUCAAAAUGGUGAGAUCGUCCUAACAGUCGAUGAUCCUCAGUGCAUAGAGAACUGUGGUAAACCACAGUAUUAUGAUGCUUUUCUUCUUUAUGACGAUAGUGAUGAAGUAUUCGCUAUGACAAUACUUGAAAAACUGGAAGAUGAUUAUAAAAUGAAGCUAUGUACAAAGGAAAGAGAUCUUGUUGGUGGUGUGUCGUUUGAACAUGAGGCUAUAAUGCAGCUCAUCAGAUAUCGAUGUAAGCGCUUGAUAGUUGUUGUCUCACCUUCAUUUCUCAAUAGUCCAGCCAACCAAUUUUUGCUUACAUUUGCCCAAGCGCUUGGUAUUGAGCAAAGACAGAGGAAGAUCAUACCUUGUACUUACUCCAACUGUCAACUUCCACUUCAACUGAGGUAUCAUUUCAUUCUCAAUUUUGGCAGAUCCGCGAAGCACUGGGACUUAUGGCGGCAGCUAAGCCAAUCAAUCAGGGCUACUAAGGUCAGUAUGAUUCCUCAUCAAGAAGUUUCUAGGCCAAUUAUCCAUGUUGAAGAGCCUAAAGCCAUUACUAAUGGAACACAUUCUGAAGAGGCUAAAGCCAUUACUAAUGGAACAUAUUCUGAAGAGUCUAUUAAAGCCAUUACUAAUGAAACAUAUUCUCAAGAGCCUACUAAAGCCAUUACUAAUGGAACAUAUUCUGAAGAGCCUAAAGCCAUUACUAAUGGAAUGUAUUCUCAAGAGCCUACUAAAGCCAUUACUAAUGGAACAUAUUCUGAAGAGCCUAAAGCCAUUACUAAUGGAACACAUUCUAUGGAAAUAACAAUAAAUGAAACAAAAACGAAUGAAAAGGUGCCUAAAAUGUCUUCGAGUUCAUCUACUCAUCGAGUUUCAAAAUUGUUUUCAUCCAGUUUGAAAAUAGGUAAGUCUCUGUUUAAGAAAGAAAAAAAAUUAGCAAAAGUAUUAGCAGAAUAGUAGCCUAUUGCUGAUAGUGAGCUACUAUUUGUUUAUUGCUUCUAAAAUAUUAUAAUUUACACCAACAAAUUUUUAUGAUUGGUUUUAGAAUCUAAUUUGAAGGAAAAAAAGUUUGUAUAUAGAAAUUUCUGAUAUUGAAAGUUCAGUAUUUACAGGUUUAACUCUGACACAUUAAUGUGAUGAUGAACUAAAAAGUGUUUUUUAUGUUUUGAAAAGUUAUUAUUUGAUUAUUGUUUUAAAUUGUGAUUAGUAGAAAAUUUUAUUCAUUUUUUUGAUCUCAUCAGUACAAAGUUACUGCUAUGUUAAUUGACUGUUCACAUUUUUACCCAACGGAUGAUAUUAAUCAUUGCCAUAGAAGUUUUAUGUCUUUCAAUUGUUUAAAAUGUUGAUAGGACAUCAAUUUUGGUGUCAUAAUUAAAGCUGAAACAUCACUGUUGUAUCAUUUAUCGUGAUGUAAUCUAUCUGUCCAUCAGAGUUCAAUUGCUGUAUGAACAAAUUUCUUUAUUUUGUUCAUACCAUUACUGUUAUUUAGUGUUUUUUAUAUUUAAACUGUACCUAUUGAAAACCAACAAAGCCAUAUGAUUUUAAAGUAUCCUAGUUAUUCUUAGUUUCAAAAUAGCAAUUAUGAACAUUGUAUUCUAAAAUUUUGUACAUAUUGAAUAAAUUAGUUUACCUCUGAGGUGUAGAUAUUAUUUUUAAAGCAAC